ACUCGGUUGGAAUUUUACAAGCAGAUAGUUUUAUCUGGUGGGACAACGAUGUACCCUGGGUUACCAAGUCGUUUAGAAAGAGAAUUGAAACAAUUAUAUUUGGAAAGAGUAUUGAAAGGGAAUACUGAAUCGUUCAAAAAAGUCAAAAUUCGAAUUGAGGCCCCACCUCGUCGUAAACACAUUGUUUUCUUAGGAGGCGCAGUUCUUGCACAGUUAAUGCGUGAUCGAGAUGUAAACUUUUUAAUUUUUUUUAAAAUUUUCUUGCUGUUUAGUCUAUAUAUUAAGCAAUUUUUUAUAGGAUUUCUGGAUAUCAAAGCAAAGUUAUGA